AUGGGAAGUAACGAGCUCAGUGAACGAAAGCCUCUACUAAGUCCUGGCACACGUACUGCUGCUGCACUAUCUCCAAGCACAGGAAGCACUUCCGCAUUUUUACGUCGUUCUAUCCACAAUGGUCAAGAGCCCAAGCGCCAGUGUACAGACAUUCUCUUUCUUGGGUGCUUUGCGACAUAUUGGAUUGGAAUGAUUGCCCUUGCUAUUACAGCAUUGUCGCACGAAAGUAGCAGUACAUUUGCACAAGAAAUUGAAAGUGGAGUUGAUUUUCAAGGACAAACAUGUGGAAAACAUCAUUUUGUGUAUUUUCCAGAUUUUCCAAAAAAUCCAGAUUUUGGCGUUUGUGUUGAGCAUUGUCCUCAAACAACUGGAGAGCAUAUAACGCUACAUUUGCCUGUCGAGUCACAUAAGCGAGUGAAUGGAUCGCACGAGAUGCAGCAAGUGCAUUUCACAUCGUACGCGACGCAUCGAUGGGCGUAUGUUUGUGCACCGGCCAAAGUCAAUUCGGAUCAAGUGAUGAUUCGCCAAUUACAAGACACUUUAGGACGGUUUGUGGGUGCACUUGGUAAUUGUUGGCAGGUUUUGCUAAUUGGCACUGCAAUCUCCAUGUCUACGGCCGCAAUUUAUCUCGUUCUAUUACGUUAUUGUGGUUGUAUUAGUGUCUUUAUGUCCACUUUGGCCAUUGAAACGACACUUGCAUACAGCAGUUAUCGUCUUUUGCGUACAGCUUCCGAUUCGCAGUCGUACGAAAACGAUCCUGUUAUGCUCAGUUCUCUUCAAAUCAGUGCUGUUGUCAUGUGUUGCGCCGCCAUCUUGUUCUUGCUCUUUGCUAUUAUCAACAUGUCGCGUUUAUUACUCGCAGGAGCAUUUAUCUCGCAUGCUGCACGAGCUUUAUCGCAAUUUAAGCGACUGUUCAUCCUUCCAUUUAUCUCUUACGUAUUGCUUUUACUGCUCUUUGGUUGGGGACUAUUCGUUACAGUUUCUCUCUUUGGAGCAGGAGAAACAUCGACGCGAAUUGCUACAAUUUCUGCCACUUCUCCAACUUCAAUCCAAGUAGUCAUUGAAUCAUUUCAAGUGAGUACAAAGUUACGUUGGCUCUUUUUGUUUCAUUUGUGGGGGAUGUACUGGUCAGUGAACUUUAUUUUAGCUAUUGGAGAAAUGAUUACAGCAAUUGUUAUCUCGUUGUGGUAUUUUGCCCCGGAAAAUCGCAUUACUGGAUUUAAAGAGUUUGAAAUGACAGAUCCCGUGUCCUAUGCAGCUCAAUUGACAAUUAAAUAUCACUUGGGUACAUUAGCCUUGAGCUCAAGUUCGGUUGCAUUAGUCGAACACAUUCGUACUUUUUUCUUGUACCUUGAAAACAAGAACGAAUAUGAUGCGAAUGCAAUUACAAAAUUUGCAGCCAAGUGUUGUUGUUGUUGCAGCUAUUGCUUUCGAUAUUGUUUAAAAUAUAUUUGUAAAGAAGCAGUGUAUGUGAGUGCAAUCCAAUGUACGGAUUUCUACACUUCGGGAAAGUUGGCAUACACGUUGAUAUCUUCAAAUUUAAUUCGAGUUGGAGCAUUGAGUCGAAUUGGUCAUGCAUCGGUACUUCUCGGGAAACUUAUUGUAUGUACGACAACAUGUCUGAUCGCAUGGAUUCUUCUAAGUGAUGCUCCAUCACCCGUUCUACCGCUUGUAGCUGUGAUGCUUUUUUCUUACAGUGUAGCGCACGCUUUUUUGACGAUUUACGAGACAACCAUUAACAUGCUCCUUAUGUGCUUUACAUUGGAUGAAAACCUGCAUGGUGGUCGCGGUAAUUCAAUCCAUGCGUCGGCACCACUGAUACAAUCGAUAAAUGAUCACUUACGACCUAAAUGGCAGACGGUUUUGUAA